AUGGGACGAUCGACUUUUAGAGAGUUCAUCUGCGCGCUCUCCGGACCUCUCGCGGGAAACUCGAAGACAAGCUGCGCUGGCGUUCACAUGUACGAUCUGGAUGGAAACGGAUUCAUCACGAAAGCAAGAGAUGUUGGAAAUCGUCCGGGCGAUCUACAGGAUGGCGGCACGGUGAUGAAGAUGCAGAGGACGAACUCAACGCCCGAGAAAAGAACGGAGAAGAUUUUCCGACAGAUGGACGCAAACAAGGACGGGAGGCUCUCGCUGCAGGAGUUCAUCGACGGAAGCCAAAACGACCCGUCCAACGUUCGGUGCUGCAGUGGACACGAGCAUAGGUGGUGA